AAUCAUAUGGAAAGUCGUGGAGUAGAUAUCGAAGUAAUUGAUGCCAAAAUUCGUGAAUUCAAGCUUAAAACCUUACCAAGCGCCAAAUAUUUUGAUGAUCAACGAUUGCUACACCUGAUACCUGGUGAACAAAGCGAUCAAUGGAUUUUUGAACGGAUGAAAUUGCUGAUUCAGCGUGCAAUGGAGCUUGGAGUUCCCGUUACAACUUCAAAAGUAGCUUCACGAACAGGAUCACCCCUUCAACGAUCUGAUUCGCUUACUACUGUAACACAAGCUGCAGCAAUUGUAGAAGCUGUAGUAAACAGUGGAGAAAUUUCUGAAAAUCAGUCAUAUCGAGUGACAAAGGCAGAAAUAAAAGAUGGAAAGGAAGAAGAUAAAGGGCCUGCAGGAGCAAAAACUAGGCCUAAUACAUCAACUCUAAAUUCUCCCGCAACAGCAAGGAAUGUAACAAAUACUACAAUAACAGCAUCUAACGAGAAAACUACAACAGAAAUGAUAUCUGAAAAAGACAAGCCAUCAACUGCCUUAAAACAUGAACUUUCAUCUAAAGGAAAUGCGGCUAAUGAAUCAAAAUCCAACGAAAUGAAAGGUGAUUCUGCGAUAGAACCAAUAACUGAUAUUGAAAUACGUGAAAGGCCAGAAAUAUUAGAAGCAAUUGGUGAAACUGCAACACAAGGAGCAGAGGCAACAUCGAUUGCGGCAAAUAGCGAACCAAAUAUGGAAGGGUCACCACAGUCAUCAAGACAGUCGUCCAGGUCAAGUAUUAAAAAGACAUCACGCAAAAUUAGCAGGACAGUUUCGCAAAUUUCAAAAUCAUCCGAAACAUCACGUCGAUCUGCAUAUAGCGGCAAGAGUGAAUGUCAGUCAGUGUACAGUAUCAAAAAUGAGACCCAAUUUACUACUGAUGGACCAUCGUCCGAUUUAAAAUUAAAUACUUCUGCAAUGGAUAACCGUUUUCCACUCGGUCUACCCAAUAAUGCAUCAGCUAUUGUCAUUGUUGGUAAGUAG